UAUCUACUACAGCCAAGGUGGCUCAACCCGUCAAAAGGCCCUUUCUCGAAUUUCCAUUUUCGCGUAGCGGCUUUGGCAUAGUCAUCCUAUGCUCAAUAUGGUCUUGAGUUUAAUUGGUACACCGCAGUUACGCGCAAAAUUUUGUUUCCUGAUGAAACAAAUUCUUGGCCUACACCCUACACGGCGAUUUUUCUUCUGUCAUGGAUGGAUGCAAGCGAUGCUAAGUCGAGCAGAUGACUCUUUUUUCUACUUCUACUUCCACCCUAAAAGAAUGUUUGACGUGGCAGUUCGCGCCCAUCUUCUCAAUGGUGUCUCUCUCCUUAUGCCUCCUCGAUCUCAAGAUACCUUGUACUAUUUAUUUAUAAGGCAUCAAUAUGCCCGUCUCAAAUUCUUCUUCAUCUUGUGAUUUUCCCGUCAUCAUUUCCAAUUGCCCCAGGGACUCAACACACUCCUGCCUUUCUUAUAAAUAGAGUUGAAAGUUUUCAUCUACCAAAAGUCAAUUCCCAAGGUUAUCCUCUACAUCUAGCGACAAUUGUCAAUUGACCUGAGCAAAACCAAACUUGCAUUUACACCCCUGUUGCUAUAUCACCCUUUGAC